UCUUCAUUCUUCACCCAUAAAAGGGUUUUUUUUGUUGGUGUCAUCCAAAGUUUCAACCUUUGAUCACUAAAACCAUAUACAAACCCUAAUUUCCAACUACAUAUAUAUAUGGCAGGACUAAAAAGAAAGUUCAACAAAGGUCACGCCUUUACAAGCAAAUGUGUUUCUUUGGUGAAGGAGCAACGAGCUCGUCUCUACAUUCUCCGCCGUUGCGCCACCAUGCUUUGUUGCUGGUACAUCCACGGCGAUGAGUAAAGAGAAGCCUAUGACUUCUCCUUCAAAUUAACCUCUACAUGUAACUAUAUAUGUAUAUAUAUAAAUCCCUCUCCUCUAGGACUUCUCUCCAUGUCCCUUCUUCUUGAAGCUCCAUUGAUGUUGAACCUCUCCGUUGGUAUUGGUGGCUGCUUGGUUGCAUGGCUUUGAACCCUCCCCAAGAACUAUUGAUUCUCCCUCUUCAACUGGUGCAAUAACUCCUGCAAAAUUUUGUUACUUUUUUUGACCCAAGGAUCCAAUCUUAUGGGUUUUGUUUGUUUUCAUGGGUUAUUUUGCAUCAAGCGAAAAGAGAGAUUUUAUCCGCCGAUUGAGCUGGCGGAGUUUGGAUGAAGUUAUGUCAGAAAACAUGUUUCAUACUUUUGAAUCUUUUUGGGAAGUUUUGGAUUUAGUUUCCUUUUGACCAAAGAAGUUUCUUUUGGUUAUGUAAGAUCUCGUUUGAUUGUUGCCUCUGAUUGUAAUCAAUGCCACGACAAACUAAUAAAGAAUAAAACUUCAGUU